CAUAUGAGUGGGGCUUUCCUGUCCCCCUCACACCCUGUCCUCUCCUGUUCUCCAGCAUGGUGUCUCUGUAUUUCUCCGGAGGCUCCUGGAUGGCAGCUCUGACAGUGAUACUGAUGGUGCUGAGCCCUCCCCUGGCCUGGACCAAGGAGACCCAACUGUCUCCCGCAGAGAACUUCCUGUACCAGUUUAAGCCCUACUGUUACUUCACCAACGGCACGGAGCGGGUGCGGUUCGUGACCAGAGACAUCUAUAACCGGGAGGAGCACGUGCGCUUCGACAGCGACGUGGGCGAGUACCGGGCGGUGACCGAGCUGGGCCGGCCGGACGCCGAGUACUGGAACAGCCAGAAGGACAUCCUGGAGCGGACACGGGCCGCGGUGGACACGUACUGCAGACACAACUACGGGGUUGUGGAGAGCUUCACGGUGCAGCGGCGAGUGGCGCCUACAGUGACUGUGUAUCCUGCAAAGACACAGCCCCUGCAGCACCACAACCUCCUGGUCUGCUCUGUGAAUGGUUUCUAUCCAGGCCACAUUGAAGUCAGGUGGUUCCGGAACGGCCAGGAAGAGGAGGCGGGGGUGGUCUCCACAGGCCUGAUCCCUAAUGGAGACUGGACCUUCCAGACCAUGGUGAUGCUUGAAACAGUCCCUCAGAGUGGAGAGGUCUACACCUGCCACGUGGAGCACCCCAGCUGGACCAGCCCUGUCACAGUGGAAUGGAGGGCACAGUCUGAAUCUGCUCAGAGCAAGAUGCUGAGUGGAAUCGGGGCCUUUGUUCUGGGUCUGCUCUUCCUUGGGGUGGGGCUGUUCGUCUACUUCAGGAAUCAGAAAGGACACUCUGGACUUCAGCCAACAGGACUCCUAAACUGAAGUGAAGAUAAUGACACUCAUAAGAGAAAGAACCUCCUGGUUCAGCUACUUUGCAGCAUGAAAGUGUUUCCUGUUGGGCUUUUAAUCCACAAAGAGAGUACUUUCUCAAGAUCUGGUUUGCUCCUGCAGAAAAUCUCCUCCCUGAUGGCUUCCUCAGCCCCUGCCCCUUGACCUGGAAAUCCAGAAUAUUGAAGGCAGUAUCCUAUCUUCAUUCUUUCCUUGUCCUUUUUAUAUUCAAGCCUUAUGGCCUCCCUUUCAUCUGAACACAUCUUUAGCCCACAUUUCUUUACGAAGUUUUGCUCAAAUAAACGUGGAGUGAGAAG